GGUGACAACUGACAACCAAAUUUAAAUGGUAGGUUGUCAAGAGCAGACAAAAACAUUGAGAUUCUGUCGAAAAUUCAACUCCGUCAAAUGUCAAGGGGGGAAUUUAAGAGUUCUGUAACAGGAAACCAUGAACUUUAAGAGUUAUUCCUAACCAAUCGAUGCUAAAUCCUGUCAAAAAAAGUUUCGAACAUCAUCUGUCAAAGAGACAUGGUCCCGGAUCGCUGGAUGCCUGUCAGUUUUAAAUUGAAUAAUAACAAUACCAAAGAAUCAGUACAAGGAUGAAUCUAAUCUUGGAAUUGUAUAGAUAAAGAAAUGAUUAUUAAAAUAUCUUUACUACCAUCUGUAUCCUGCAGCGUAAUAUAAAAUGCGUUACAAAUACCGAAUUUGAGGUUAUGAACGGAAGCAGAAAAAAGCGAAAAUGGUAAACAACAUAGAAGUAAGUAACCACAACUUCUGCCAAUGGUUGGUCCACAUAAAGUUGAGGAAAAUUGUGCUUUUGGUGAUAAUCAUCUUAGUUGGAGUGACAUUCCUGACAUACAUGAACCUGUGGUAUGUGGAGAAGGAUUCUGGUAUUACACAUGGUGCUCAUUCCCAUUUAGAUUUACCUGAUGAGUCGAUUGCAUUCAAUAAUUAUGGAUCUCAUGUUAAGGAUUUGUAUAGGAUCAAAGGGUCUGUAUCAGCAGAAUUGCGAGAUAUGGAGUUUAAAAGACAGAAGCUUCAGCUGGAAAUACAAAGCUACACAAAAAAUAUUGAUCAACUGAAAGCUGAAAUGGUGCAUCAACAAACUGAACUGAAUAGAUUGAAGAUAUCUGUGGAGCAAGCACAGGUGGCCCAAAGAGAAGCACUGCAGCAGAACACUCCAGAGUUAGCACUGCCUCAUAGAUUAGUCCCAAACAAUCUCCCUGAAAUCAAUCUGCCAGUACCUGCUUUGAAAUCUACACAUUGCAGAAUGUUUUCAUGCUUUGAUCAUUCUAGAUGCAGUUUGACUUCUGGUUUUCCUGUGUAUCUGUAUGAUCCAGAUCAAUAUCCUGUAAUGAACGAGGGUUGGGAUGUGGACGGAUUUUUGAAAACAACUUUGAAGCAGGUGUUGGGAUACAAUCCGCAUUUAACUGGUAAUCCAAAAGAGGCUUGCGUUUUCCUGGUAUUAGUUGGAGAAGCGCUUAAAGACACAGAUGAUGUAAGUGAAAAUGUUGGGAAUCAUUUGAAUUUACCACCGCUGGAUUCUAAAGCUUUAAAAAGACUGCCUUUCUGGGGUGGAGAUGGUAGGAACCAUGUUUUGUUAAAUUUACCGCGACGCGAUCUCUCUGCUUCGGCUGGAGACGUUUUUACAUCAAUUGAUACUGGUAGGGCUAUUUUAGUGCAGUCCACUUUCUCGCACAUGUUGUUUAGGCCUGGUUUUGAUCUCAUCGUUUCGCCUGUAUUGGGUCCACCAGGUGGUGAUGUUUGGCAGGAGUGUUCAAGAAUGCUGCCUGCGCGGCGGAACUAUCUUCUAUCUUUCCAGGGGGAAAUGAAAGUACAACCGACGAUGUCUUUAGAGAAGAUCAGAGAUGCGGAGACGUCUGAGAAAUCAAUUAAGUAUUCGGAUUUGGAUAAAUUUAUCGUUGGACAUUUGAAAGAUAUGACAAAGGGUACGACGUCGGAUAAGUUCUAUUUCGAAUUUGAAUGUGUGCCGGCUAGCGACGAUAACUUCCAUGCAGGUCCUCAGGACUGGAGUUUGUGCGGCACCGAUAGUUCCAGAAGGGCUUUCUUGAAAGAAUCCACGUUUACAUUGAUUUUCGGUCCUGGAACUUCGGAUUUAGUGUCGACGACAUUGCUUCAGGCUCGAAUUUACGAAGCAUUGCGCUCGGGUGCUAUUCCUGUGAUCUUAGGAGGUGAUCAAGUAAGAUUGGCGUACGACGAAGUUAUCCAAUGGCGGCGAGUGUGCAUAUUCCUUCCUCGAGCUCGAGUCACCGAGUUACAUUUUCUAUUGAGAACCAUCCCGGAUACAGAUAUUCUGCUGAUGAGGAGACAGGGCAGAUUAAUCUGGGAACGUUACUUGGGUUCAGUGCAGAGCUCAUUGGAUACGGUUGUUGCAGUUUUGAGAGACAGAUUGAAUAUACCGCCGUUACCUGCUGACACUGUCGCAGCAACAUCUGUGUUUAACGAGACAUUCCAGCCGAUCCAGGUUAUUGUUGGAUUGGAUACUGAGCAAGAUGAGAGUUUAGGGCCUCUGGAACCUCCUUACGACAGCCCAGCGUUUCGUAGAAACUAUAGUUUAAUGUUGACGCAAGGACACGAAAUUUGGAAUGACUGGGGAGAUCCAUUCAGAUUAUAUCCGGCUUUACCCAUGGAUCCUUUAUUAUCCUCCGAUGCUAAAUUUGAUGGUUCCGGUCGCGGAUUCCGACCUAUAGGACAGGGUCAAGGUGGUGCCGGAAAGGAAUUCUCGGAAUCUUUAGGCGGUAACAAUCCGAGGGAACAAUUCACAGUGGUGCUGUUGACUUAUGAAAGAGAGCAGGUGUUGUUGGAUUCGAUUGCGAGGUUGAGAGGUCUGCCCUAUUUAAAUUCAGUGGUUGUGAUUUGGAACUCUCCGAAACCCCCUAGUGCGGAACUUCGGUGGCCCGAGAUUGGAGCUCCGCUGCAUAUCGUGAAAGCUGCAAGGAACUCUUUGAACAACAGGUUUUUACCUUUAGAUAAUCUGCAGACAGAGGCUAUAUUAUCAGUAGACGAUGACGCGCAUUUGAGACACGACGAAAUUCUGUUUGGGUUCAGAGUUUGGAGAGAACAUCGCGACAGGAUUGUCGGGUUUCCGGGAAGAUACCACGCCUGGGACAUUAAUACUCAAAACAGUUGGUUGUACAACUCGAACUACAGCUGCGAACUAAGCAUGGUGCUAACAGGAGCCGCGUUCCUCCACAGACACUAUUUUCAUCUUUACUGGAAAUGGUUGCCGCAGGCUGUCAGAGACAAAGUGGACGAGUACAUGAACUGCGAAGAUAUUGCUAUGAACUUCUUGGUGAGCCACGUGACUAGGCAACCCCCGGUGAAAGUUACUUCGCGCUGGACCUUCCGGUGUCCCGGGUGUCCGCAAAGUUUGAGUGAAGAUGAUACGCAUUUCCAGGAAAGACACAAGUGCAUCAACUUUUUCUCGAAGGUCUUCGGGUAUAUGCCCCUUAUGAAUACGCAGUAUCGAGCCGAUUCGAUAUUGUUCAAGACACGAAUACCACAUGACAAACAGAAGUGUUUCCGGUUUAUAUAAUAUUUCGUAACAUCUUCAUUUUG